GUUAUAAGUUCACACGGAUACAAAAGCGGAGGUUCACAGUUUAUUUUAGCCCAAGUAUUGAAGCACGCCAAUCACAGGUUCACAGUUCCUUUCUCUAGACCAGCAAUGGCAUCAGUGGCAGUGAACGGACUGAAACUCGGUACGACGUCGCAGGCCUACUUGGAAGGCAAAGCGGUGAGCGACACCAAGGUUCUGAUAUCCGACCUCUGCCGCCAGUUCUACAAUCUCGGAUGGGUCUCAGGGACCGGCGGCAGCAUCACAAUCAAAGUGCACGACGACUCUAUUCCUAAGCCCGAGCAGCUCGUAGUCAUGUCUCCAUCUGGCGUUCAGAAGGAGAGAAUGGUACCAGAGGACAUGUAUGUGUUAUCUCCGAAUGGGUCUGUCUUGUGUACUCCAUCUCCUAAACCCUACCCACAUAAGCCUCCCAAGUGUUCUGAUUGUGGUCCACUUUUUAUGAAGAAUGUAGCCAAGAGGCGAUUGAUUUUGCGAAGAGAAAUGUCAAGGAAUCUCAGUUACAAGGCAUAUGAGAUGCGUAAUGCUGGAGCUGUUAUUCAUAGUCAUGGGAUGGAAUCUUGUCUUGUAACAAUGAUCAAUCCUAAUGCAAAAGAAUUUCGAAUCACCCAUAUGGAGAUGAUCAAAGGAAUCAAAGGGCACGGUUAUUAUGAUGAGCUUGUGGUCCCUAUAAUAGAGAAUACUGCCUAUGAAUAUGAGCUCACAGAGUCUCUUGCCAAAGCUAUUGAAGCCUACCCGAAAACAACAGCCGUUCUUGUUCGUAACCAUGGGAUCUAUAUAUGGGGAGACUCGUGGAUCAAUGCUAAGACUCAGGCUGAAUGUUAUCACUAUCUCUUUGAAGCUGCUAUCAAACUUCAUCAGUUGGGUUUGGACCCAACUACUCCAAACCAUGGUCCUAUAAAACAAAAUGUCAAGGGAGUUUCGGGAAGUGGUAUUUGCAGAAACAUAUCUGUGAACGCUGGGACUGCAGCUUCAGAUAAUAAAUUUGAGCCAUCACGACGUUGCAUUGUUCUUGACAUCGAGGGGACUACUACUCCCAUAUCGUUUGUGACUGAUGUUCUCUUUCCAUAUGCCCGCGAUAAUGUUGGAAGGCACUUGUCUGCAACAUAUGACACUGAAGAAACUCAAGAUGACAUAAAGUUGUUGCGCUUCCAGGUUCAAGAAGACCUGGAAAAAGGUGUUGCUGGUGCUGUUCCCAUCCCCUCUGAUGAUGCAGGGAAAGAGGAGGUUGUUCAAGCUUUGGUUGCUAAUGUUGACUCGAUGAUAAAAGCUGAUCGGAAGAUCACUGCCUUGAAACAGUUGCAAGGUCAUAUCUGGAGAACUGGAUUUGAAAAGAAUGAAUUGACAGGAGUAGUUUUCGAUGAUGUACCAGAAGCUCUUAAGAAAUGGCAUGAUUCAGGCAUAAAGGUGUACAUAUACUCCAGUGGUAGCAGGUUGGCACAGAGACUUAUAUUUGGUAACUCAAAUUAUGGGGACCUAAGAGAAUAUUUGUCUGGAUUUUUUGACACCACAGUGGGAAACAAAAGAGAAAGUAGCAGUUAUGCUGAAAUUGUACAAUCAGUUGGAGUUGAUAAACCAUCGGAGGUUUUAUUUGUGACGGAUGUCUUUCAAGAAGCUGUAGCUGCAAAGGCAGCAGGAUUGGGAGUUGCUGUAUCGAUCCGACCAGGGAAUGGAGCUCUUCCAGAGAAUCAUGGUUUCAUGACAAUCACUUCUUUCCUGGAAAUCUGAAUAGAUGUACUUCUCUGUAAACAUGUAACAUGGAAUGUAUAAACCAUAUGAAUAAAUACAUAAAUAAAAUAUGCAGCUUUUUCCAGAUUUAAAAAAAAAAAGAAAA